AUGCUUUUCCUACGUUGCUUCGUUCCGGUGCUUUUGGCACUAUUGGUUGCAUCACAGGAUCCAGACUCGGACUUGGAGCGGUUUCAAGAUCAUCUACGAAUUUUCCGUGAUGUUUUAGGUGUUAGGAACGAGACAAGGUUGGCUAUGCUUCGCAAGAUGCUUGAGGAAACACACUCUACAACAGAAGUACCCAUAGAUGUGAGUGGUGGCUCUGAAACAACCUCUGAAAUGAUUUUUUCUAUUCUUCCCAUCGGUCCAAUGCCUCCACCAGCGGUUCCAACCAAGACUGAGCCCUUAACUGUUACAGUGACGUCAGUUGUGACUCCCAACCCGAUUGAAUCAACGGCCCUCGAAGAGAUAUUUAAAAGCCUUUUGCAGCAACAUUUGAAGACGUAUAUACAACCAUCGCCGGCGGAGUCAAGGGAGACCACCCUGUGGGUCGAGCCUUCCAAGACGUUUGAGAAUGAAGCUGCACCUACGCAGCCAGCAACACCAUCAGAGCCUGUUCUUAUACCAACAGAUAGCCUAGAUGAUACAAAGCCUCCAUCAGACCAGCUGCCAAAAGGCGGCACCAAGAAACAACUCGCCAAUAUCAAGCAUGAAAACAAGAUCCAGGUCUUACCGCAAUUCAGACACCACAAGAUAGGGCAGGCUAUCAAAGGCGGUAUAUAUGGGAAGCCAAAGGUAGCUUGGUUCGGCAAUUAUGCGACGAAGCCAGAAGCUGCUGUUUCUUUGCCGGCUCCAGAAACUUCUUCAGUAACAUCCUUUCUGACUGAGUUUCCAGAAGUCGAUACCAUCAUCGAGGAAGCGCCUCAUGCAGAGGUGGAGGAAGCACAAGGGGACGAAGAAUGGGACUAUGAACCCGAAGGCUCGAGUAUCACAGAAGCCCCGGUGCCCCAAAUGACAUCGACAGCAGAGCUUCCACUUACAACGGCAUCACCUUCCAGUAGAAGAUCCGCUUCUAACGCUCCAACUAAACCGACAACAUUGAGCUCAAUUCCAAAAAUCAAUAAGAGCAAUAAGACUAGAAACCCGGCUGACUCCGUGUUAUACGCCACUGUUGCUCCUCAGACACCAGAAAAGCUCCAGUCCACAUGGGAAAGACGCCGAAAGACAAGGACCGCCCAUAUAUACGAUGUUUUCUCUAACACUGCGGUGGCCCAACCAUCAUAUUCACUGACUUUGGGCAUCUUAGUGUUUGCCUUCUUCAUGGUGUUCUUAUAG